AUCUAAUGCUACGUAUGUGGGGACACUACUGUGGCAGCCAGCACUGAUCACUAGUGCACGCACCGAAGGGUCAAUGACCGUGACACCUAUACGCCUUUGUUCUUCACCUUUAAUCAUGCUGGAAGUAUCCGAGGCGAGUAACAAACAGUCACAAACUACGAAAUCGUAGUGGUUGUUUGAAUAUAAGCAGAUUGAUAAUGGGUUAAAUAUAAAGGCAUUGACAACAGGUAAAUGACGCCUGGUGGGUGUCUGCUAAGGAGAGCUAUAUUUCGAGAUGGAACACCAAGAGGCAGCCGCCCAUUUCACGAAUUAAUAGACAUGUUCCACAACCAUGAGGCAACUCAACGCCACGAUAAGGUAUACGCAUUACUCGGCAUGUGCUCUAACAAUAUGAGCAAAUCGAAGCUAUUACCUGACUAUGCAGUACCUUUUGACGAGUUGUUUAAACGACUCAUUCAAUUCACACUGCCCGGAAGAAUACCUGUAGAAACUCAGGGCGGCAAAGAGAUUGAAACGCGCUGCCUGUCAGUGGUCAGAUCAUCCUCGACUAAAUAGUUCCCAGAGCGUAUAUUUUGGUCCUAAAAAC